CGGGGCGGGGGGCGGCUCCCCGGGCCUCGCCGGGGCGGGGGGCGGCUCGGAGCAGCGGCAGCGGAGGAGCCGAGCCGCGGCGGCCUCCCCGUGCGACAAGAAUGGCCAGUAGUCCUGAGAGUGAUGCAUCCCUCUUCAUCCAGAAAGUCCCACGCUCAGAAAGUUCCCAAGCAAAGAAGUCUCAGCAUGCAGAGGAAGCAAUGUUCUACAUGAACUGCCGAGCAGCUUAUCUCACUGUUUUAAAAAGCAGCUUAGAAAAUAUUAAAUCAAAAGAACAACUCGGCUUAGUACUUCAGCAGGCUGGAAGAAAUCCAUCUGAGAAGACAGUUAAUAAAUAUUGGACUUCACAAACCACUACACUGACUUUUGAUGAUUUUUGUACUAUUUUAAAGAAAGAAAAGCCUGCUACAAAAGCUGAACUGCUAGAAGCUUUUGGAAAAAUAGACAGAGAUAACACUGGAUAUAUUUUACAUGAUGAACUUUAUAGACUUCUUACAACAAGAGGUGAAAAGAUGACUUGGGAUGAAGUGAGUACCAUUACUAAACAAGCUGAUUUUAACUGCAGUGGCAAGCUCGACUACCACAAGUUUUGUGACUUCUACAUGGCAACCAGUGAGCAAUGCUGCAAGGCUGCACGAGAGAAACUGCAAGUUGAUAGUCGAUUGAGGCAACAGCAGUUUGGGAGUCAAGCUGAAGCUUCCUCUGAAGGGAUCACACUGCCAGCGUCAAAAUCAUCACCAAGACUCUUGAGGAGAACUGAUCCCAAACUAGCAUCAACAAAAGGCGACAGCAGAACUCCUUCAAGACCCUCAUCCGCUCAGAGCUGCAAAACAUCCGUUUCUACCACUAUCAGAGUGGAUGCCAGUAGCAACAGAAACACAAAGCUAAUUGAGCCAGACACAAUGAAGGAAUGGCAAUGUGCACAGUCCAAAGGAUGCUUCUACCUAGAAGAAGAUGGUGAAAUCAUUAGUCACAAGUACAAGUUGCACUUACCUCAAAGGUCUACAGUGUGUGUUACUAUCAAGCCUUUACACCUUCGUCAGAUGGAAGGAAAACCAUGUCAUUGGUUGUCAGUGGAUACAGCUUUGUAUAUUCUGAAGGAAAAUGAAACCCAGGAAAACCUACAGCUUGUGAGUGUAACUGACCAACAAAACAAAGAGGUGUUUGGAUGGAAAGGGGAGCUUGGAUCAGGAGUUUACUGGCUACUCCCAUUCACAACAGGCUGUAGGUUGAAGAAGGUGAAGACACAGAUAACUGGAGAAGCAAAGCUGGUGUAUAGAGAUGAAGAUGGAGAACUGGCUCUGACCAAAGAGUUUCGAGAGGCUUUAUUGGAUAUAUUUGAAACAAUUGAUUUGGAUGGAAAUGGCCUCCUGAGUUUGGAGGAGUACAAUUUCUUUGAACUGAGAACUAGUGGUGAGAAAUGUGAUGAGGAAGCAUGGGCUGUAUGUAAGGAGAAUUUUGAUAUGAAGAAGAAUGAACUUACAAGACAAGGAUUUAUGGAUUUGAAUCUCAUGGAAGCCAAUGACCGUGAAGGGGAUCCUAGUGACCUCUGGGUCACUUUAUUGUCUCUGGGCUACAAUAAAGCAUUGGAAAUGACAGAGGCCUGCCCCUUUGUCAUUGACAUCUAUGUGGAAAAAUGCAAACCCAGAGUGAAAGCCAUAUAUCUGGAGGCAGGGAGCUGGCAACUCAACAGGGCUAUUUGCAGGUCUGCUGUUAAUAAAGGAGAGGCCGAAGUAAUGGAUGGCUGUGAGAACGUGAUCAUCUACACCUACAAAGCAGGCAGGAGAAUCACUUCUGUUAUUGAAAACAAGUCUGAAAACAAAGUGAUUAUUCAUGUCAACAACGAGCAGAGUAAGAACUGCCUAAGUAACAGGGGACUUACUGUUUUUGCCGUGGAAGUGGCACCAAAAUCCAUGAUGGUUUCUCAGCAUGUGAUGCCUUUGAAUGAGCAGGAAGAAUGGCUUUAUAACUGUGUGCAUUCCCUCUUACGUUAAAUAUUCUCCCUCCUGCCAGAGCUGUUUCCUGGUAGCGGUCAAACUGAAGGAGUAAUGUUUUUGGACAACUUCUAGAUCAUUUAUAGCCUUGCCUUUCUCAAAAUGCUGGUAUACAUUUAUUCUUCACAGAGGUUAAUUUGUUAAAGCAAACGAAUCCCAUGAGUAACUAUUUCUGGCAUCACACUUCUGCUACUGGCUGUUGAGGGACAUGUACAGUGAUAGCUUAGGGGUGAAAUAACUGUACAUAGGUAAAAUCCUUUCACAGGGUGGUCAUCACGUAUGGACUACUGAAAUACAUUGGCAUGGAAGCACUGAGACACAACAAAACUGAGUAAUCUAGCUGCCAGGGGUAAUACUGUGUUUUGGAAAGCUGGUUUCACUAGAUCUGCUCGUGUGUCCUGUAACGUGUAGUGUGGUUGGACAGUCUGUCAUUUGAUGAUAAUACUCACCUGUGUUCUGAGUAACUCCUACCUGGUUUUGUACUCUUUCCUAUAAAAUAAAGUCUGGCUUUCCAUAUGUGGUAAGGAAAUAAAGUUAUCUGGGGAAAAUUAA